GUAAAUGGGCCAAGCAGCGGCAUUCUCAUUCUUGCUGUGUGAGAUCACGGAGCAGCAGAAUGUGUCGGGAUCUGCUCGACUACUGAAAACAAGACUGAACAAGACAGAAGGAGGAAAAAAACGGGAGAGAAGCGAGGGAGGAAGAGAAGAGGACAGAGGAAAGGAAGGAAGGGAAGGAAAGGAAAGGAGGACGGAGGAGGAGACUUGGAGGAGUUUGUUGGGAUCUUUUUUGGGAUCUACUUCUCCGGACAGGAUCUAGUUGGCAAGUUGUGCAGCAGGGGCUGAGCUAGCAGCCCUGCCCCGGAGUUAACACAGCCACCUCACUGCAGCAGGGACAAAAUGAACUAUCUGAACGUGCUGGCUAAGGCGUUGUAUGACAACGUAGCGGAAUCCCCGGACGAGUUGUCCUUCCGCAAGGGCGACAUCAUGACGGUGUUGGAGCGCGACACGCAAGGAUUGGACGGCUGGUGGCUCUGCUCGCUCCACGGCCGCCAAGGCAUCGUCCCCGGCAACCGCCUCAAGAUCCUAGUCGGCAUGUACGAUAGCAAGCAGCAGGGCACGCCCUCCAUGCCGGAUCCUUGUCCCGCCUCCCUGUCACCGAGACCCUUCCUCCCUCAGAGCGCCUACGCCAAACCGCCCCCUCCAUCUUCUACUAUUGCCACGUCCUCCCCCGGGUUCGCCAGCAAGCCCCUUCCCGCAGCUCAGUACACGUCCAUGCACCCGGCUUACUCCACCUCCAGCCCCGCACAGCCCAAUCCUGACUCUGUCUACAUGAUGCCCCCCUCCCAUGGCCCCAAACCAAGCCCCCAAAGUCUGUACCAGAUCCCAUCUGGCCCAAGUGGACCCCCUCCAAAGGCCCAGCUAGGACCCCCCGCUAAGGCCCCAGCUCUAGCCCAGAGACAGUACCAGAAGUCUGCGCAGGAUAUCUACCAGGUGCCCCCCUCUUUAGGCCCAGGACCAGGUCAGGGGCUUGGCCAGGGAGCAGCCCCAGCUGUAGGCUCAGGAGCCGGGCAGGAUGUGUACCAGGUGCCCCCCUCCCUGGAGAAGAGGAACUGGGAGAACAGCAACAAACCACUGGGAAAGGUGGUAGUUCCUACUCGAGUUGGACAGGUGUAUGUGUACGACACAGUCAAACAAGACCAGGACGAGUAUGACGUCCCGCCCAGACAUCAAUCUCCCACCCAGCAGGACAUAUACGACGUGCCACCCACCCGCCAGCAGUACAACACACAGGUGUAUGACACUCCUCCCAUGGUGGUGAAGGGGCCCUCUAGUGGUCAAGAUAUAUAUGACACCCCACCAAGCACAGACAAGACUACACAGCAAAUGGUCUAUGACUUCCCCCCGUCUGUUAGUAAAGACGUCCCUGAUGGUCAGCCAAUCAGAGAGGAGACCUACGAUGUACCCCCCCACUUUGCCAAACUCAAACCCCAGGUCCUCGUCCCUCCUGGCCAGUACCUGCACAACAACCUCAAUGACGAAGACGACGACGAGCCACCGAUCCCUGAGGAUGUGUACGACGUCCCGCCCCCCAUCCUGACAGACAAACACUUCCGAGGUGACAGGGGUGGAGUCAGUCAGGCCGCCCAGGAGAUCUACGACAUCCCUGCCAGCCUGCGGACUGGAGGACACACCGCCCAGGAUGUCUACGACUUCCCCCGGGAAAGAGAGGAGAGAGGAGGAGACAGGGGAGACCACUACAUUUACGAUGUCCCACCACAGGUUGUCCGUGAUGCCCAGUCCACCAGUGAGGAGCUGACCAUGUCCUUUAAACGGCUGUCUGCCUCGAGCACAGGAAGCACACGGAGCAACCACUCUGCUUCAUCUUUAGACAUGGUUCCUGUCCGUGACACCUCGUCUUCCUCCUCACUUCCCACCACUGGCUCUAUUUCUGGGAAACCUCUCAUCUUGGACCUGGAGCAGGCCAUGGAGCGCCUGUCUCGCCUUCAGCAAGCUGUUGAGUCCAGUGUGUCCCUCAUGAUGUCCUUCAUUACAGGCAACUGGCGGAGUCCUGCCCACCUGGAGGGAAACCUCUCAGCUAUUCACCAGGCUGCCGAUCGUGUGCGCGCCACAGUCCGAGACUUCCUAGAAUUUGCCAGGGGCGCUGUGGCAAAUGCCGCCCAGGCCACAGACCGCUCUCUGCAGACCAAACUGGGCCGUCAAGUUGGGAAGAUGGAGGAGGUCUUCCAGAGCUUGAUUCGACACAGUCAGAGCUUAGACGCCAUAUCCUGGUCGCACACAGAGCUCACAGCACCGCCACCGGGUGGGGAUGACUUAGAUCGACUAAUCAUGACGGCGCGUGGCAUCCCAGACGACGCCAAGCAGCUCGCCUCCUUUCUCCACGGUAACGCCUCGCUGCUGUUUAAACGGAACAACCGGCAACAGCAGCAGCUGCCCCUUCCUCCAAUCCCAGGGGAGAUCAGUGGUCACAUGACAGGAUCAGGAAGUGGGAGCUAUCAGGGAGGGGAGAGGGUGAACAUUCAGUCGCGGCCUCUCCCGUCUCCGCCAAAGUUUUCAGCUGCAGAGGAAGAGGAAGGUGUGGACAGGCCGUAUGAGACCACAGAGGAAGGCUGGAUGGAGGACUACGACUAUGUACAUCUACAGGGGAAGGAAGAGUUUGAGAAGAACCAAAGACAGCUGCUGGAGAAAGGAAAUAUUAUCAGACACAACAAGACACAACUGGAACAGCAACAGAUAAAACAGUUUGAGCGGCUAGAGCAGGAAGUCAGCCGACCCAUCAACAACGACAUGACGGGCUGGGUCCCGCCUCAGCACCACCCUCUGGCCAACCAGCUUGCCCAGAACGGCUCUGGAGGCCCCUCCUCUUCCAAACUGUGCCACGGCGACCGCCAGCUCCUCCUCUUCUACCAGGAGCAGUGUGAGCAGAACGUCACCACGGUGACCAACGCCAUCGACGCCUUCUUCACAUCCGUCAACUCCAACCAGCCACCCAAGAUCUUUGUGGCGCACAGCAAGUUCGUCAUCCUCAGCGCACACAAGCUGGUAUUCAUCGGCGACACGCUGUCCCGCCAGGCCAAGUCGUCCGAUGUGAGGGCCCGUGUGGCCCAGAGCAGCAACACCCUGUGUGAAAAACUCAAAGACAUUGUGAUCAGCACGAAGACGGCGGCGCUGCAGUAUCCUUCACCCGGAGCGGCCAGGGAGAUGACUGAGAGGGUGAGGGAGCUGGCAGGGUGUACGCAGCAGUUCAGGAUGGUGCUGGGACAGCUGCUGGUGAUGUAGGGAGGUGAGGAGGGAGGAGGAAUAGAACAAAACAGUGACACAAACUCAGAUGCCCAGGAACACAGGGCAGUAAAUCCUCCCUGGAACACAGGGUGGUAGACCCUGUACGCUGUAGCAGCACUGAGCAGGAGGACCUGGAGACCCCUGGAGCACAGAGAGCUUCAGGAAACCCUGUAAACCCUUCCAGUGUGAGGUUGGACACCCCCACACCCCCCCCCCCCCCCCACCCCCCCACCUGUGCCAGGACAGGGCCAGGUUCUCCAAUUGGCUCCUGAAAUGUAACAUGGGGAAUCCAUGUGCAGCCCUAGAUCCUGGGGGUCUGGGACCCUGCCUGCUCUGUCUGGGACCGGGGACACUGACCUCACAUCCAUCCUCUGCUCCCUUCUUCUUCUCCCUCUCCAGACCCUACCUCACCUUCCACUGGGACCAUUCCUCUCUCACCCUUCCUUACUCAGUGCGCUUUUUAUUCUAGACAAACAAACAUUUUAUCUUCAGUGGGCUGGGCCAAUGGUUGUAAAAUAAUCAUUGUAAAUAUUUAAGUUACCUAUUUAGCCAGAAAACCAGAAAGAAAAGAGACUAAAGAACUUCCAGUAUAUAUAUAUGUAUGUAUGUAUAUAUAUAUAUAUAUAUAUAUAUAUAUAUAUAUAUAUAUAUAUAUAUAUAUAUA